AAUUCCAAAAGGGUUCAGAGACAGAGCAAGCGAAAGAGCAUCAAAAUGCCAAAGUCAAAGCGUAAUAGACAAGUUACUCUGUCGAAGACAAAGAAAAAGGGAAGGAAUCACAAAGAGGCGAUAGUGAACGCAAUAAAAGAUGCAGCUGAUAAGUACGGUUCUGUGUACGUGUUCUCUUUCGAGAACAUGAGGAAUCAGAAAUUCAAGGAGUUUAGGGAACAACUCAAAUCGAAUAGCAGGUUCUUUCUUGGCUCAAACAAAGUAAUGCAGAUCUCACUAGGUCGUUCUGCUGCUGAUGAAAUCAGACCAGGCCUUCAUAAAGUUUCGAAGCUAUUGCGUGGAGAUGCUGGGAUGUGUUUUACCAAUUUGCCUAAAGAAGAAGUUGAAAGGUUGUUUAAUGAAUUUGAGGAAUAUGACUUUGCAAGAACAGGAAGCAUUGCCACUGAAAAGGUGGAUCUCAAAGAGGGUCCUUUAGAGCAGUUCACACAUGAGAUGGAACCUUUUCUUCGGAAGCAAGGCAUGCCUGUUCGGUUAACAAAAGGUGUUGUGGAGCUCAUUUCCGAUUUUGUUGUUUGUGAGGAGGGGAAGCCCUUGUCACCUGAGGCAGCUCGUAUACUGCGUUUGCUUGGAAUCAAGAUGGCUACAUUUCGACUUCAUCUGAUCUGCAGAUGGACUCCUGAUGAUUUUGAACUUUACAUUGAUGGGCCUGAUGAUUCAGAUGUUGAAUGCUCAUAGUACCUCGGUUUAAAGAUGUUAAAGAUACAAGAUAUCAUAGGAGGAGGCUACCUUGGUCUACUCAAUAGUCAUACUCUGCUAAAGUAUUGGCGUUUUUGGGAUAAUGUAUUUUAGGAAGAGUUGAUUUUUAGGAAUGUGAGGUUUUUGUGAACUAGGCCUAGUGAUUAACAGUGAAGUGGUUUUCAGCCAUUGUCUGUAACUUUAUGAAAAGAUUCAAAUCAUUUGGAUUACUGUUUUAAUUGGUCUAUAUAUUUGUUGACUGCUGAUAAAUUAAUUUCUAUUAAAUUGGAAGACU